GGUGCUUCCGGUCGGCGGAGGCGGGGCCCGGCGCACGCUGGGGGCGGAACCUGCACCGCGACCCCGACCCUGACCCGGGCCGCGACCUCCACCCGGGCCCACCGGAAUGGCCCGGCACGUGUUCCUCACGGGGCCCCCAGGAGUUGGGAAAACAACAUUGAUCCAGAAAGCCAGUGAGGUUUUAAAAUCCUCUGGUGUGCCUAUUGAUGGAUUUUACACAGAAGAAGUCAGACAGGCAGGGAGAAGAAUAGGAUUUGACGUUGUCACCUUAUCCGGCACGCGGGGAGUUUUGUCUAGAAUUGGCUCAGAGCCUCCACCUGGAAAACGCGAGUGCCGAGUUGGGCAGUAUGUGGUGGAUCUGACUUCCUUCGAGCAGUUGGCACUUCCGGUCUUGAGGAACGCAGGUCCCGGCAGCGGCCCGGGGCAGAGAGUGUGUGUCAUCGAUGAGAUUGGGAAAAUGGAGCUCUUCAGUCAGCCUUUCAUCCAGGCUGUCCGCCAGACGCUGUCCACGCCGGGGACCGUAGUCCUGGGCACAAUCCCGGUGCCUAAAGGGAAGCCGCUGGCCCUCGUGGAAGAGAUAAGAAACAGGAACGACGUUCAGGUGUUCAGUAUGCUGUCUUGCGCCGUGCCACCUUUGUGUCGGCGAGAGCCGCGUCUCUGCCGGGCUCUGCCCGUCACCAAGGAGAAUAGGAACCGCCUUCUGCCAGAUAUCGUGACGUGUGUGCAGAGCGGCAGGCAGUGAAGACGGCUCGCGUCCCUGCUUCGUGCGCUUGAAGAGGUGUGCUGGUUCACGCGGAGCCUCCUCGGGGCCCUGCCUGGCAAGGACUUAGGCCUUCCGGCUUCGGAAGCCUUGUGGGUUUUUCCGGAGAAAGCCUGACAGCUGUUCUCCAAAAAAUGUUUAAAAGAUCAGUUAGCCUUAAUGCCCGACCUGCACUCCACGAUGAGCAGUCCGCCGCGGCUUAUUUAUGCCGAGGGGGUCUGUUUAUUUCCCCUUGCAGUUACGCGUAUGAUUCUGGUAAAUUAUGGAAUGAGAAAUGGCUUUCGGGGUAUUAGAUGGAACUCGCCCCCACUGAAGUUCAUAAGCGUGUUCCGGGGAAGGGGGAGAGGAGCGGCCGCUACCUAACCGAUUUUGCACGUCCCGAACUCAGACCCCGCUCCAGUUGGAGCUGUGGUUUCAAGGGACACUAGUUACUUGGUUUGUAAAAAUAGUUCAGGGAAAGGCCAGUUUCGGUCCUCCCCGCCCAUCUCAUCGUCUGUUUGCUUAUUGCUUAGUAAAAUAAAAAUAAAUGUGUUGGUGCAAACGCGUGA